AUGCCAGGUGUUCCCCCAGAUGCGCUAGACCAGCUGAAGAGAGGCUUUAAGAACUUCCUUGGCCGUCUCAAGAACAAGAAGCAGCAGCAGCAGCAGACCUCGGAGACUGCUCCUACUACGACUGCCCCUGAGGACAAGAAGACAGAGACACCAGCGCCGCCUGCUCCAGGUGCAGCUCCGGUUCCAGCUCCAACUGACGGAACUGCUGCUCAGCAGACUCCCACGCCAGAGGUCACCAAGGCCCCCGAGCCCACAGCCCCUGAGACGAAGCCAGAGCCAAAGCCAGAGGGCACCCAGGAGCCAUCUACAGCUGAAGAUGCAAGCAAGGACAAGGUCGCCCCUGAACCACCGGUCACUACAGACGGCGAGAAGAAGGCGGUAGAGGCUCCUGCUGCACCAGACGCUACCACCACUGCCCCGGCCCCAACUCCGGCUCCGGCUUCAGCUCCAGAAGCCGGAGAGCCCGCCCCAGAGACCAAGCCAGCCGAAACCCCAGAGGUCGCUAAACCGGCUGAAACCGCUGCUCCUACCACCGAAGCUGCUGCUGCCAAAUAA